AUGUUGACGCUAAGACCUCAACAGUCAGAUAAUCUAUGGUUCACUGACCCUAAGGCUGUGCAACACAUCUUCAACAAGGCUGGCUCCAGCUACGCUAGACGCACAGAUGCCAGGCACAUUGCUAGGCAACUCAUGGGCGAAAGCGUCUUGUAUGCAGACGGGCAUAACCACUCGCGAAUUAGAAGAAUCAUGGAGCCCGCAUUCAGUACUGCACAAUUACGAUCUUUCCUGCCGUUGUUCCGUCAGUCUGCCGCAAAACUUAGUCGCAAGUGGAAAGAACAGCUCCAGUCUGCAAUGACCGACGCAGAACGUACUAUCAACGUCAGCCGGUGGUUUUCGAGAACAACGCUCGAUAUUAUCGGAGAGGCUGCAUUCGACUAUCAUUGCGGCGCUUUGGACGAUGAAGAAAACGAAUUAGUUCACGUAUACAAGAACAUGUUCCGAGACUCUGUGAUGCACCCGACGCGCGCAACUCUCCUGUUUCGGUCGAUGUGGCCAUACAUCCCCGACUCGAUACUUCGCUUCAUUGUGUACAUCCCCACCAAGGAAUAUAAACGCCUCCGGUAUUCACUGCAGACUAUUAACCAACUAUCGCGUAGACUGAUCGGCCAGAAAAUUGAGACGUGCCUCAACAAUGACGGGGAAAAGAAGAAAGACAUCAUGAGCCUUCUCGUCAAGGCCAACGCUUCCGAGAAUCCUAAGACUGAGCUGAGACAAGCAGAGAUGACGGCUCAAGUCGCUACAUUCCUCCUCGCGGGGCAUGAGACCUCUGCUGGUGCUCUUACUUGGAUCCUCUGGGAGCUAGCAAAGGAUAAAAGAUUCCAGUCCGAGAUGCGCGCCGAAAUAGCGGCGAUGCGUGCACAAGUGAAUGAACGAAGCGAUCCCGAUUUGACUAUGUCUGACCUUGACUCCCUAAUAUACGUGAAUGCCGCGAUCAAGGAAGGACUCCGCCUACAUCCACUGGUUUACAUGCUUGUGCGUGUUGCGAACCAAGACGACGUGAUUCCGCUUUCGAAACCAAUUCUAACCGAGGAUGGCAAUUUGAUCUCUGAGAUACCGGUCAGCAAGGGGCAGAAUGUUAGUGUUUCCGUCUGGGGAUACAAUAGGCGAGUCAUACUUGUAUCUUGA